AAAUGGCGCCUCAGCUUUCAAAUUGAAGAGCGUAGACAGUACUGUUGAUUGUUAAAUUAGAUACACAACCCUACAAAUUGAUCGGAAAUAUGAUACUCAGAACUCCACCGGCGAAGAGACCUAGAGACGAUACCAAACCCUACGAGACCUCGCCGGUCGGUUCUGAUCGCCGCCUCGUUAUCUACGAAGACGCUCCCGAUGUUAUUGUACAACAUCCAGAGUCAUCUCUCGAACUUCAUCAACAUCAACAGGAAUCGUCCGAUCAUAUGCUUUGCACCUAUCAAUGCCGUCAGAUGGUUAAAUCAGAAUUUUUGGAUGCUUUGACCAAUGCAGAGAAGCAAGUUCUUGAUUAUCAAUCUAAAUUAGAGUCCUUGGAUGAGAACUUCAGCAAAGCUGAUGCUGAGAGAAAGAAAUUUCGAGACCAGUUUUUAUUUGCUGAACAAGAACUUGCAGCUGCCAAAGGGCGUGAAAAAGCAUUGCAAGGACAACUCUUGAAGGACAUCAAUGAUUCUCAAGAGAGGUUUAAGAAACAAAUAGAAUCUUACAGAAAACUUGAGGUAAAGCUGGAAAAUGAAAUGAACCUUCGCAAAAAGGCUGAAUCCUCAGCCGCUACUGCUGAAGAGAAAGCAAGUGUUUUGGAGGGAAAACUUGCCAAUCUUUCUGAAAGCUCAGUAAGGGAGAAAAAGCACCUCAAUAAUGAGCUUGUGCAGCUGCAAAGGGAUUCAAAACUGGCUAUCUCUAGGAUAACUGCAGAUCAUGAGAAAAUGGAAUGCAGAGCUAAAAAUGCUGAGAAAGAGUCAGUGUUACUGAAGCAGCAGUAUGAAGAUCUAAAAUUGCAACUAAGUGAGUGCUUGCACCAGAGGAGUGAACUAGAGAAAAAGAUUUCAAGUUUCACAAUUCAAGAAGGUUCUUCCAGCGAGAGCAAUAUUUUGGUUCAACAUUUACAAGAAGAGCUCAGAAACUGUGAGUCUGAAGUGAGGGAAGCAAGAAAACUAAAAUCAUCUUAUGAAAAUGUCGAGUUAUUAAAGGAGAAAUUACUGGAAGAAAAAGGACGGAGAGAGAGGGCAGAGUUAGAGCUAUCCAAGUUUCAAGAGCUCGAGUUAAAUAUGAGGAAGCUGGAGGACGAGUUGUCUUCUUGGAAGUUCAUGAUUAAGGAAAUUCCAGAUGUGUCAUGUUGUGAUGAUAUACCUAAUAAGUUUGCAGCUUUGCAGAAAGAGAUGAUUGACAACAUGAUGAAAUUAGGAGAGGCAAAUGCACGUUUGAAACAAAUGGAGGUAGCUCUGGAUGCUGCCCAGUUGGGCAAACAAGAUGCUGAAACCGAGGCUGCAUCGGCUAAAGAGAAGGCGGAAUGCUUGAAAUUGGAAGUGAAUCGGACUGCAUCAUUGCUUUCUAUUGUUGUUGAAGAGAGAGAUGGGUUGCAAAAAAUUGUCAAUGGAUUACGAAGGUCAAAGAAUGAUCAAGCAGAAGAUGAAUCUGCUGGCGGAACUCGUCUUCAGGAGCUUGAAUCAUCUCUUCUGAAAAAGGAAUCUUAUAUUAAAGAAUUGGAGAGUAACUUGCAUGAACAAAAAAAAGCCAACAAUGGUCAACUUGACGAAAUAAAGUUGCUUAAUGACCGGCUGAAUAAUGAAGCCAGGAGAUUUAAGUCACUGGAAAGGGAGAGUGAUCGACUUCGUUCAGAGAUAUCUCUUUUAGAGUCCAAGCUAGGCCAUGGUGACUUUUCUGCUGCAAAUACCAAAGUAUUGAGGAUGGUGAAUACCCUCGGAGUUGAUAAUGAUGCCAAACAAACGAUAGAAUCCUUAUGUACUGAGUUGCAGAAGACAAAGGAGAAGUUACAAGCUCUCGAAGAGUUAAAGAAUCAGCCUGGUGAUGCUGGAAAGCUUGUGGAUUCGUAUAUAUCCGGGAAGAUAACACAGUUAAAAGAACAUAUUGCAACACUUGAAAAGCGUGAAGAAAGAUACAAGACUGUUUUUGCUGAUAGGAUUUCAGUAUUUAGGAGGGCUUGCUGUGAACUCUUUGGUUACAAGAUUGUCAUGGAUGAACACCAGCGUCCUAAUGGAAUACCUGUUACUCGUUUCACCCUGCAAUCUAUUUAUGCUCAAAGUGAAGAUGAGAAGCUUGAAUUUGAAUAUGAGUCGGGCAAUACAAACAUUUUGGGAAAUACUUACACUUCUCAAUCUGAGAUAUCUCGUCAGGUCGAUAUAUUUAUUCGCAAGAUGAAUUCUAUACCGGCUUUCACAGCCAACCUGACAGUGGAAUCUUUCAACAAAAGAACUCUUUGUUGAUACAGAUCUAAAAAGGCCAGUGAACGAUGAGUGCCUCUGACGUACCUCUUGCAAGGAUUCUGUGGCUUAAACAUAACUCACAUUUAUUACAGCCACAUUUUUGGAGUCCUGGCCAGAAUUUUUCAGCUAAAUUGUGUCAAAUUGGAUGCAUUUUGCUAAUGGAGACAGGUGAAGAAGUAGGUGACAGUGGAGAUAGUAAAGGUGCAUUACUAUUACCAAUUUCAACUUUACUGUACUGCAUCAUUUACUUCUUUUGACCUUUUAAUCCUUUUUUUAUUAACACAUUUUGCAAAAAUUCAUUGAAGUGAUAUGACGAUAUGGUAAUAGACAGCCACUUGAAACA